GUUUCUUGUUUUCGGAGGAGGUUUUAUCGAGUCAAUCCAUAAUUAUAAAUAUAUUGUUCGUUUUUCAACGUGGCCGUAAACCAAAGCGAAAACUUUUACAAUAUUAAUAUCACCGAUGGAGUUCUCUUCGGCAGUGUUUCUCUUUGGGUUACUUCUCAGCAUAGGAAACUCCGUUCAAAGAAGUACAGCCGUACCAGAAUGCGGAUAUCCUGGAGCCCCGGCCCACAGUUUCGUCCGAUUCGGACUGCCGGGCGAAGAAGAUGUUAUCGAUGAAAUCGAGGCGCCCCUAAACGUCGCUUCUCACACCCCGGGAACCGUGGCGACAUACUCAUGUGAGCGAGGAUUCGAGCUGCUUGGACCGGCGAGAAGACAGUGUCGAGAAAAUGGGACAUGGGUACCCGAUGGUGUCCCGUUUUGCGUGCUGAACGUGGCCGGAGGCAAAGCUCCGAUGCAAUCGAGCACUGCGGAUGGUGGUAUACCUCAGCGAGCAGUCGACGGAAGUAGCGGUCAAAUCUAUACUCCUCAGACCUGCACAUUGACGAGACCCGAGUUGUCGCCAUGGUGGUACGUGAACCUGUUGGAACCGUACAUGGUGCAGUUGGUUCGUCUGGAUUUUGGAAAACCAUGCUGCGGAGAGGGAUUGCCAGGCACUAUUGUUGUUCGUGUAGGUAACAACCGACCUGAUCUUGGAACAAACCCAAUUUGCAAUCGGUAUACCGGGCAGUUGGAAGAGGGGCAGCCGCUCUUUCUGCCAUGCAAUCCUCCGAUGCCAGGAGCCUUUGUGUCGGUCCAUUUAGAAACUGCUUCGACAAGUCCAGUGCCUGUCCAGUUGUCACUGUGCGAAGCUUUCGUUUACACUGAUCAGGCAUUGCCCAUUGAAAGGUGUCCUCAAUUUAGAGACCAACCGCCAGGUUCCACCGCAACUUACAAUGGAAAAUGCUACAUCUUCUACAAUAGACAACCAAUGACAUUCAGGGAUGCUCUAGGAUUCUGUAGAGCACGAGGAGGAACUCUGGUCGAUGAAAGUAACCCAGCGCUGCAGGGAUUCAUUUCGUGGGAACUGUGGAGAAGACACAGGAGCGACACAUCGAGCCAGUAUUGGAUGGGAGCAGUGCGAGAUCCGAAAAAUAGAACUACAUGGCGAUGGACUGGAAGCGGAGAAGAAGUUUCGGUUUCAUUUUGGAGUCUACCUCAGGGCAGUGACGAAGAUUGUGCUCGAUACGACGGCACUCGAGGAUGGCUCUGGUCAGACACCUCGUGUACAGCUCAUCUGAAUUAUAUCUGCCAACAUCAGCCUCGUGCAUGUGGUCGUCCUGAACAGCCGCCUAAUUCUACGAUGAUUGCUAGCCCUUUCGAGUCAAGUUCGAGAGGAAAUUACGAGGUUGGAGCAACCGUAGAAUACAAUUGCAACGGUGGCAGUCUGCUGAUUGGACCUUCGACUAGGACCUGUCUCGACACUGGAUUCUACAACGAAUUUCCACCGGUCUGCAAAAACAUCGAAUGCGGAUAUCCUGCAAGCAUCAGACAUGGAGAAUAUACUCUGAUCAACAACACAGUCAGCUACCUCAGCCAAGUGCUUUACUCUUGCGAAGAUGGAUACGAAAUGACUGGAAGAGCCAGGCUGACCUGUGAUGUUGAUGAGAGAUGGAACGGCCCACCACCCCGCUGUGAACCAGUUCGAUGUGACUUACCAUCGGUUAUUGCACACGGUCGUUACGAAGUAGCGAUAGACAGCGACAUGGAGUUUAGUAGAAAUAAGAAUAAUCAAACACUGUUAGCUGGAAGUAUUGUGACUUACACGUGUGAAAAAGGCUAUCAACUCGUUGGUUCUCGACAGAUAUUGUGCCUGGAAACAGGCCUUUAUGAUCAUGUCGCACCGACUUGCAUAGAAGAACCUCGUACAACGGUUUCACUUCCAUCCCGUGUAACAAGUCGGCCUACCAGCACACGUGCCAGACCGUUAGUUCCGACACGCACACGAUCUACUACAACAAUUUCAUCCACAAGCAGUAUUGGAACAUCUCCAAUACCUCCGACAAAGGGUACCAGCAGUGUUGAGCUGCCUGCCACAGUUAGGGAAACGAUUCCUCGAAAGCCGUCAAUAUCAUUGAAAACAUCUGCGCCAACUGCAAUCACUGAUGACAGCCGAGAUCAUCCUCAGGAUAACGAAAUCGCAGGAAGUGGAGUUGACAAUGUUCAAGCUGGGUUUGGAGCUGGCGUUCCUGAACCCUCGGGUCCGUUUAGAGUGGAAAAUGGAGAUCAAUCCUCAAACACUCACCAGGCCAAACUGAACCUCGGCGCUGUUAUAGCGCUUGGUGUUUUCGGAGGAUUCGUUUUCCUUGCUGCUGUCAUUACCACCGUAGUGAUUCUGAUACGCAGGAAUCGCAGUAGAGGUAGCAAGCAUUACCGCCAUCGGGCAUCCCCUGACUGCAACACAGUAGCUAGUUUCGAUAGCAAUUCAUCAGAGAGCCGAGGUGGACUAAAUCGCUACUAUCGUCAAGCUUGGGAAAAUCUUCACGAGACUGCGGGCCAAAAAGCAAAUCACGCACCCCUACGUCGGAAAGAAACGCUUGACGAGCCUGGAUACAGAGAAAACUUCCGUGGAAAUAAUACGGAACGAGACGGAUCAGAGCUAGUAGUCAGUGACGUUGCUGCAUAUCCUUCAAGCAAACAGGCAAGCGUCUCUGACAAGAAAAGGCAUCACCAUCAUCAUCAUCACCACCAUGGAACAGCUACGCCAGAAUGGAGGCAGCCGCAGUCUCAUCACAGAUAUUGAGCACAGAUAUAAUUAUGCAGAAAAAUGAGUUUUAAUCAACAUUAUUCUUGAUUUAUUUGUAUAAGAAUAUUUAUUGAGGUGCGAUGAAUGACCACAGAAAGCAAGAAAGUAUUUUCUCUCGAAUUGUACAAUUGAACUCAUUUUUUAUGCACCUACAAGAAAGUGGUAUUUUUCAACACAUUUCUUUGUGAAAUGAUACAGAUGCCUAAUUACAACAGCAUAGAAUAUUCGACCUUCGUAUUUCCGUGUAAGUGAAAUGAAAUUAUUAUUCUUUUUUUCUCGGCUGAUGUAUUGAUGUAAAUAAUAAUUAAUUGGUCAAGUAAACUAUGAUCACAAUGAUCGCAAUGAUUCAUUUUAUUCUUAUCACAGAGUUCUAUGCUAUUGUAAUAUUGUCAAUGCUGGUCACAAGGGAUGCCAAAAAAGCAAAGAAU